UUUCUGAACUUUCCAGUUCCACAAUUCUUGGCUAAGAGUGUCUCGAUAAAAUUCGCGGUAUUUUCAAAACCAUCCCUUCCCUCCCUCUCUCUAAAAAGAGGCGCGAGCGGUAGAGUUCGAUCCUGUGGAAGAUGGAGACGGGAAAGAAAAGGGAGCUGUCGAUUCCUGAUGUCCUUGACAACGACCAUGGUCUUGCAGGAAGAGAAGGAGAGCAACAGCAACAAGAACAGGAGAGGGGAGAGGGAGGCGGAGGAGAAUGGUUGGGAUGGGCUCGCCUCAAGUUCGACGAACCUCCCGUCAGGACCCACCAUUUCUAUCGGCAAUUUAGGGCCGAUUUCUCAUCCUCUACUCCCUCCCCUAAUCGAAGCAACUUCUUGAAAGGAAUCAAGUGGUCUCCGGAUGGUUCCUGCUUCAUUACUAGCGUGGAGGAUAACUCUCUCCGGCUAUUCGAUUGCCCAGUUGUUGAUGACGGUACUCAAGUUGCCUAUGAUUAUGCCUCAGGGGAAGAUUCAUAUAACUCAAAACUUGUUAUUCAGGAGGGCGAAUCUGUAUAUGACCAUUGCUGGUAUCCUUUCAUGCAUUCUUCAGAUCCAGCAACAUGCGUAUUUGCAACUACUACUCGUGAUCACCCUGUUCAUCUUUGGGAUUCUAUAUCUGGUCAGCUUCGUUGUACAUACCGUGCAUAUGAUAAUAUGGAUGAAAUAACUGCAGCAUAUUCAGUUGCCUUCAGUCCUUCCGGGACAAAGCUGUUCGCCGGAUAUAACAAGGCUAUCAGAGCAUUUGAUCUUCAUCGUCCUGGUCGAGAUUUUGAGCACUAUCCAACCCUUAGUGGAAAUAAGGAUGGUCUGCCAGGGAUUAUAUCCUGCAUCUCGUUUAGUCCUUACAAUGGGCUGCUUGCAGCAGGGUCAUACAGUCAAACCACUGCAAUUUACGCAGAGAAUACAAUGGAGCUUCUGUAUUUACUCCAUGGACAAUUAGGUGGAGUUACACAGGUUCUCUUUUCAAAGGAUGGAAAUUAUCUGUAUACAGGAGGGCGGAAGGAUCCUUACAUAUUAUGCUGGGAUGUCCGCAAUACAGUCAGUAUUUUAUACAAGUUAUACAGAUCAUCAGAAUCCACAAACCAGAGGAUAGCAUUUGACAUCGAGCCUUGUGGGGCACAUCUUGGGACUGGAGGGCAGGACGGGCAUGUUCAUGUUUAUGACCUUCAAACUGGACAAUGGACUGCAAGUUUUCAGGCUGCAUCAGAUACUGUAAAUGGAUUUUGUUUCCAUCCCUCCCUCCCAAUGGCUGCUACUUCAUCAGGACAUCGCAGAUUUUUCAUACCGGAAACUGAUGAAGAGAGAAUAGUUUUAAGUGGUUCAUUCCUAACUUCUUUUGCCUUAUCUAUGGCUUUUAUUCUUUGUCUGCUACUUGUGGCCUCCAAGUAUGAUCCUUUAUGGAUAUUCCUACAUGUCUUGGCUACAUAUAUAUCCUGUUCCACUAAGGCAACAUGUUGCCAUCCUUAUACAUAGUUGUUCUUCAAGAGUUGAUUUGAUGAGAUCCUAUUUGGAAUCAACAAGCAUUAGUUUAUUUCUCUUUUUCUUUUUUGGCCUUUUUAUUGUGAACUAAUGUACUCUUUCCCUUUCGGGAACAGAAGAAGAGAACUGUGCUUCCAUUUGGAGCUGCUCUUGGUCAUGGUGAACAGGUUGUUCUGCCAAUCUUGAGGAUUCAAACGCACAGACAGGGGAAGGUGACUUAGACGAUGUUUAAUGUCUCAAGGCCAAUAAUUUUUUAUAAUUUUCCUUUUUUAAAACCUUAUGUACUGAUUGAGAUACUUCACAUAUCGUCUUACUUGAUAGUUAUAGGCUUUUCGUACUCCUUCAUUCACUAGAACAUGACAAGUGUUAGACUAACGUUUAAUCGGUAAAUCAUCAUAUCAGUGUGAUCUUGUGGUAACUUUGUAGUACAAUAUUGUGUUUCAGCUGCUAGCAUGUGUUUUUUUUUCUAGUAUCCUUUUUUUUUGUUUCUGUUGCAGUAUGUUUGUUCCUUAUGAAGAAUAUUAUUUUCCCAACGACACUUCAAUUCACAGAAGCUGCAUGGUGGUCUGAUGCAAGAUGCCUUGUCCUAGCAGAUACUGUGCAGGCGUCCAAUUGGUAAAUGUCAUUGCACCAAAAUGACAAGGAAAAUUGAGGUACUGGAAGCACUUCUGGUGGGUAUCGUGGUACGCCCUCAUCCACAUCUUAGUAAACAUGUGAAGGGCAAUGUGAACGUCAAUUAUAAACUGAAGACCAUGUAGUAAUUUUCACUGGAUGUCGUGCAAGAUGUAAAGCUGUGUCAUUUGGGAAAUUAAAUCCCCUGCUCUUAGUUGUUUUA